UCUGUCCCUCUGAGCUGAGAGUGUCUCUGCUGAUAAUCUGUGAUUCUUUGUCUCCGGGAUGCGUCCCGACUGUGAGCUCUCCUCUGAUUGGUCGUUUCAGGUCCAAUCAGUCAGAAGAUGUACGCCGUUCUCCCCUGCGGAGGAAUCGGGGUGGACAGUGACACCGUGUGGAACGAGAUGCACUCGUCGGCGGCGGUCCGCAUGGCAGUGGGCUCCGUCAUCGAGCUGGCCUUCAGAGUGGCGGCGGGAGAGCUGAAGAACGGCUUCGCUGUGGUUCGUCCACCGGGUCACCACGCUGAGGAGUCCACCGCCAUGGGGUUCUGUUUCUUUAAUUCGGUCGCCAUCACUGCCAAGCUGCUGCAGCAGAAACUGGGAGUGGGAAAGAUCCUCAUCGUGGACUGGGACAUUCACCAUGGCAACGGCACCCAGCAGGCCUUCUACAGCGACCCCAACGUCCUCUACAUCUCCCUCCAUCGCUACGACGACGGGAACUUCUUUCCUGGCAGCGGAGCUCCUGAGGAGGUGGGCUCAGCUGCAGGCGUUGGCUUUAACGUGAACAUCGCCUGGACGGGAGGAGUGGAGCCGCCUAUGGGCGACGUGGAGUAUCUCACCGCCUUCAGGAGCGUGGUGAUGCCCAUCGCCCAGCAGUUCGGUCCGGAUGUGGUCCUGGUGUCGGCAGGUUUUGACGCAGUGGAGGGUCAUCAGUCUCCUCUGGGAGGAUAUAACGUCUCCGCCAAGUGUUUCGGUCAGCUGACGCAGCUGCUGAUGGGUCUGGCCGGUGGGCGCGUCGUCAUGGCGCUGGAGGGCGGUCAUGACCUCACUGCCAUCUGUGAUGCAUCAGAGGCGUGCGUCUCGGCGCUCCUGGGAGACCCGGUGAGAAUAUCAUCAAUACUUAUUCAUGGUUUACAGCCGACGUCUCUACGGACAGUUCGAAUACGUGACAAGGACUCAGAGGUGAUUCAGAGCAGCUGAUCUGAACUCUGUGUGCACAGAGCUGUCCGUCUGAGAUUUAACCCUUUGAAACACGUGCAGAGCAACAGACCUGAUGAGCAGCAAUGACCAAAAAAUACCAAGAAAUUAAUAAAAAAUACAAAAUUGUCUGAAAUUUACUAAAAGAAUAUAUGAAUUAAAAAGAAAGAAAAGAAAAAAAUGAUUUUAAAUAAUGAUGAUAAUUAUAAAUUUACUGUAGUUAUAGAAAUGUUUCCCUCACCUUUUGAUUUACUGAUGAAUUACUGAUUACUUGCAGUUUGCGUGGCGUUUCUCACAGGUUUUAACAGCUGUGAAAGGCGUGUGAACGCAGCACGUGAAAAGUGAUGUCAAACCAGGUUUCAAGGGGUUAAAGGAACAGUUUGGCAUUUUAUAUAACUCAACAUUAUAACUCAGGAGCAGAACAGGAGACAUCUGGUCAGAUACUCCCGCCAUCCUCUCCAAACCGGGGGCGUGCCGACCGCCGACCGCCAUCUGCCGUACGAGACACAGCGACUGUGGAGUCAGCACCUCAGUGAACCUCAAAACACGCUCAGAAGAAACUGUUCUUUUCAAACAAAUGUUCAACUUAAA